CCUGCUACGACAAUUUUAAAAAAGCGUAAUUCGAUCAUCACAAUUGAAUGUGAUUGGUCCGUUGAGAAAUGCGCUGAGAAAAGUAACACAGUUUAUGUAGUCUGAUUUAUUUUUGGUCGACAUCUUAUCAAUAUUUGGUCAAUAUUUUACGCACUGAUAAAAAAAGUAAUAAUGGAAAAAAAUAAAAUAAAAAUAAAUAAAUAGUUAAAAUAUAAUAUUAUUUGGACUGAUCCAAUCUCUCUGCCAAUCAAAACAACGCCCGGGCCACUAAGAACCGCCUCUUGUGGUAUUCCAUUAUUAGGCUAACUAGCAUUCAAGCCGUUGCUAGUUCUGUUGGAGGGACAGGACUGAGUGAAUGGGGGAUGAACUUUCUCACAAAUCGCACGCAGACGGUUUAUCAAUCUCUUUGUUAAAUUACACGGUCCAAAGAAAAAAUACAAUGCUAAUGAGAAGAAAUACAAAGCGAUGCCAUAUCAUGACUUCUAAAUGCCACGCACUUCACAUAAGAAGAGACUGUUGAACCCACACAAGUCUCAGCUGUUGUUUGUAGAGGCGCCCAUCAAUGGACCAAAGCACGAGUAUGGACCACAACUACGGAGUGCCAUUCAUCCCAGGUCAUUCAUAUCAGAAAAGCAACGGCAAAGUGGUGCACCAUAUACCUCUUGGGUGUCUCCACAGUUUAAUUCAAUUGAGACCACAACGGUUAGUCGAGGGAAGAGAGCUAACCAGGCGGCUAUGAAAAUGUCAAACAAGGUGUCAGUUUUGGGUUUACCUCAGACAAGAAAAACAAGGGUCUGCAAAUAUACUCCCUUAUCCUUUGGAGCAACCACAGGCCGUGAAAACCUUCAUAGUUCAUGGACGAAGAAUGAUAGGCUCGUUUCUUCGGACAAUCAUCGCAAGGAGCUUCAAGAAACCUCAAGAAGAACUCGGGUUCCUCGAAAAGGGGUAGAGAGGAAGAUGGCUGCACGUGUUACAACUGCUACCUCCAGUCGUACAGACGUUUCAAAGAAUCCGCCAUUCCGCAAAAAUGGAAAUGGAAUGAAUAAAGAUUCCAUUCACACCCCCAACACAAGCAUAGUUCCAGAACCACCAAAUGUAGAGACGCCAGAAAUGCCACAUUGUUCCAGCAAUUCUCCAACCAAUGUUCAACAUCUCCUUUUCUCCCCAAACCAGGCAAAAACUCCUCCACGAACCGAGAACACAAGUAUCCUGGUGAAGGACACGCCUGAGAAAGACUAUGGGCUGAGGGUAACAUGGAGACGAAGAAAAGGGCUGAUGAAAUUAUUGAUUGACAGAGGUCAGCUUCUUCUGACAGAUGCAGAAGUUACCAAUGAGUGGAUAUAAACUUAAACGAAACGAUAAAAAGUUAAUUGAAACAGUAAAAAAAAAAAAGAAGUGAUUUGUUUUGUAGUCAAUACUGAGUUGAAAAGAUUUAGGAAAUGGUGACUUACAACUGAGAUAAUUUAAUAUAUGAACACUUUGGAAAUUAAGGAUUAAAGAUGUAAUUUUGACA